GGAAGAGAUUGUGGCAAAAGUAAGUGGUUACAAAGGAUUUGGAGUGGGCUCUAAUGGAAGAGCAUGUGGUCUAUUGAUACUAUGGCAAGAAGAUUUGGAUAUGGAAGUGAAAGACUACUCAGAGAAUUACAUAGAUACGUGCAUCAAGGAUGACAGUAAUGUUUGGCGACUAACAGGGGUCUAUGGAUGGCCUGAACAACGAAACAAGCAUCUGACGUGGGAAAUUAUACGUUAUCAAAAAAAUCAGACAACUUUACCAUGUGUCUGCUAUGGGGAUUUCAAUCUCAUACAAAACUACAGAGAAAAGAAUGGAAAGCAACCAACAAAUUGAUAUGAAAUGGAAGGCUUUAGUCAAGCCCUGGAGUAUUGCCAACUUGAGGGUUUAGGGUUCUAUGAGAGGCCUUUUACGUGGGAUAACAACCAUAAGGAUGGGACCUAUAUUGAAGAAAGACUGGAUAGGGCGGUGGCUUCGGACUCAUGGAGUCAACUAUACCCUACAACUGUGGUCUACCACCUAAGGAGGUGUGGUUCUGACCACAACCCAAUUAUGUUAAGAUUGAAUGAUAUGGAAGAGGAAGUGAGGUGGGGCCAAUACUUCAAGUACGAAGCCCACUGGAAAGAGCACGAGGACUGUAAAAGUGUGAUCAAACAGGGAUGGGAAGAUAUGGGAGAUAAUUCUGUGAUGGGGCGUCUACGCAGAUGUGAGGAGAGGCUUAAGAGCUGGAGUAAGCAGACUUUUGGUAGCCUUAGAUCCAGACACAUCAAAACAGAAAAAGCUCUGGACAGAAUUUAUAAGCUGGAAAAAACAGAAGCUAUCUUAGCACAAAGAAGGGUGCUGGAAAAUGAAUUGGAGGAUAUAAUGUUGCUGGAAGAGCUGAAAUGGAAAUAACGCUCCAGAACAGAUUGGUUGCAACAUGGCGACAAAAAUACCAAAUACUUCCAUCGACGAGCAUCAGAGAGAAGAGCAAAGAAUAUGAUAAGAAGGCUCAGAGAUGAAGAUGACAGAAUAUGUAAAGGACAGCAGGAGGUGGCAGAUUGCAUUGUUUAGUUCUUUAAGAAAUUUUACACUUCUAGGAACUGUGCAAACUCGAAUAGUGUGAUUGAAGCAGUACCAAGAAAGAUUACAGCUGCCAUGAAUGAUGAAUUACUUAAACCUUUCACCCGAGAGGAGAUAUGGGCAGCUUUGAAAGUGAUGGGCCUCUAAAAUCCCCUGGAGCAGAUGGGAUGUCAGCCCUUUUCUUUUAAAAGAAUUGGGAUAUUGUGGGUGAUGCAGUCACGAUAGAGUUACAAGGGUAUCUGGAGGAGGGUAGUUUCCCCCAAGAACUUAAUCAUACUCUAAUUGCAUUGAUACCAAAGAAAAAUAAGCCUCAGACCCCAGUUGACUUUCCGCCUAUUAGCCUAUGCAAGGUUCUAUACAAGAUUCUUUCCAAAGUCUUGGCUAAUAGACUGAAAGGUAUCCUAAACGAGAUCAUUGUCCCUAAUCAAAGCGCUUUUGUACCAGGAAGACUCAUAACUGACAACAUGAUGAUUGCCUUUGAGUGCUUUCACUCAAUAAAGACCCGCAAAACUGGAAAUAAGGGUUUUGUGGCAGCAAAAUUGGACAUCACCAAGGCGUAUGAUAGGGUAGAGUGGGAUUUCUUAGAGGCAAUAAUGAUGAAGCUGGGAUUUGAAGCAAGAUGGGUAAAAAUGAUAAUGACAUGUGUUACCACUGUGUCUUUCUCGACACUAGUCAAUGGGCAUCAGAGUGAAGUUUUUUACCCAGUAGGGGUUUAAGGCAAGGAUACUCUAUUUCUCCGUAUCUGUUCCUCUUUGUAGUUGAGGGGCUUUCAGCACUAAUUUCUAAAGCAGAACGAGAAAGGAAGAUUGAAAGAAUAAGAGUGAAGCACAAUGCUCCGCAAAUUUCACAUCUAUUGUUUGCAGGUGACAGUAUUCUAUUUGCUAAAGCAAACAGAGCAGAGUGUGAGAGGAUUAGAGAUAUCCUAACUCUUUAUGAAGCAGAGUCAGGGCAGUAGAUCAAUCUACACAGAUCAGAACUCUCUUUCAACCCUAACAUAAAGCAGGAUAAGAGAAGGGAGCUGGCGGGAGUACUUAAUAUGAGGUGUGUGGAUCAUCAUGAAAAAUACCUGGGUUUGCCAACAGUAAUUGGCCGGUCGAAAAAGAAGGUAUUUGGCCAUUUGGUCGACAGAGUGCGCUCAAAGGUGAAAAUGUGGAAUGGAAAGUUGUUAUUGAUUGGGAGGAAGGAAGUACUAAUAAAUAGUGGCACAAGCUCAAUUGACAUAUGCAAUGUCAUUGUUCUUGAUACCAGCAAACAUUUUGAGGGAAAUAAAGCGUGUUAUCUCAACCUUUUGGUGGGGACAGCAGCAAGAGGAGUCCAAGACUCACUGGCUAAGCUGGAAAGAAUUGUGUAAACCUAAAAAGGUUGGAGGUUUGGGUUUCAGGAACCUGCAGAGUUUUAAUCUAGCCUUCAAGGCAAACAGCUCCGGCGAAUUGUUCAGAACCCAGAUACUCUGGUUGCGAGAGUGUUCAAAGGAAAAUACUUCCAAAAUAGAGAACCAUUGGAGGCUGAGGUGGGACGAAACCCUAGUUGGGUUUGGAGGGGACUGAUGGCGCCUAAGGAUCUGGUUAGUCGAGGCAUGAGAUGGAGGGUUGGAAAUGAGAAUAGGAUCAAUAUAUGGUUGGAUAAGUGGGUUCCCUCGAGUGAAAAUCUAAAGGUUACUUCUCCAAGCACUAUGCUGGGGGUUUCUACAUCAGUUGUAGAAUUAAUCAAUCAGGAAGAAGGCACAUGGAGGAGUGAUCUUCUACAACAACAUUUCAACCCUACUGAUCGAAUAAACAUACAACGAAUAC